UUAUAAUUAUUGGCUAUGCACCAGGUCCAGGAAACCUAAAAUAUUUCACAUUUUUAAUGAGAGACUCUAGCACAAAAUAUUUAAUCGGUCGCAAGUUUGAAAUAGUCAAAAUUCAUUAUGUUUUCGUGUGCAAAUCGUUUCAUUUUUGUGUUCUUCACCCUCUUGCCAAAUUCCGGAUUUACGCAAACAAUUGUUAAUAUAGGCAUAUGCUUGCACGAAGGGGAUCUGGAAAAUUUUAAUAUAGAUACAAUAUCAGGUAGCGCUUCCAAAGAUUAUCUUCACAUAUCUGCAGCAACAAUUAUGGUUCCAGAUGAUAUUUUAGAUGCUUUGCAUAGCAUAUGUGAUAAGGCUGCCUUAGAAAAUGGCUUGACAGCCAUUAUUGGCCACACUAAAGGAAAGACUGAUAAUUUACUCAAAUCUACUUCGUCAUUCUUGGGAAUUCCUUAUAUAAACACCCAAUGGAUUCCAAGGGAAUUUACGGAUAUUCCUAAUAGUUUUAGUGUGUAUCCUGAUACUAGUAUGCUUGCUCUUGCUUAUGGUGCUAUUGUAAAGAGUCUAAGCUGGUCCACUUUUGCCAUAGUAUAUGAAAACGAGGAAUCCCUAAUAAGGCUACAGGACGUAAUUAAAUUGCAGCAAUACAAUAAGGAUGCUAAGAGAAACUCUGUUAUUUUAAGGAAACUUCAUGAAGCAGAUAGCAGGCCAAUUUUCAAGGAAAUAAGACAUUUGCCAAUAUAUUCCGUGCUAUUGGACUGCAGCAUCGAACGCACUAUAGAAGUCUUACAGCAAGCAAAAGACGUUAAACUACUGGACGAUAUUAACACAAAUUUUUUCUUGACGUCAUUGGACGCGCACACAUUAAACUUUACCGCUCUUAACUCGAAAACUAACUUAACAACAGUUCGUCUAUUUAAUCCGUUCACGAGUGGGGUACAGAGGCACACAAGGAAAUAUUAUCCAAACAUCGAUCCAAACCAAAUUUCUGUAAAAACGGCCCUUAUGCAUGACGCGAUGCUUCUGUUAGCAGAAUCUCUUAAUGCCAUUAAAUCAACACAUGCUGACGGGGAAAUUGUUUAUGAACCAUUAUUUUGUAACGCUCCUGAAAAAUACAGCGAUAAAUAUGGCUUGGUGUCAGCGCUGCAGGAGGCCACGGUGGAGGGUAUUACGGGGCAAAUAAGUCUCCCCAAUGGCAAAAGGGAGGGGUUCGAGUUGGAGAUAAUUGAAAUAUUUAAUAGGGAGGAGCCUAUUGGAACGUGGGACAGUAAUGAUCCGGAAAAGGUGGUUUUAAAGAGGAAUGCCACCCAGAGGGAGGCUGAUAUUCAGAAGAGGUUGCAAAAUCAUAAUUUUAUUGUUACAUCCAGACUCGGAGGUCCGUAUCUGUAUCAAAGCAAAGACCCAGAGGCAACAGGCAACGCGAGGUAUUACGGAUAUUCCAUGGAUUUGAUAUCGGAAAUUGCUAAGGAGAUGAACAUUACAUUCGAAUUCCAAAUUACUAAGGAUAAUGCUUAUGGAAAUUUGCAACAAGAUCUUAUAGAUCGAAGAGCUGACUUGGCUAUAUGUGAUUUCACCAUUACACCCCAAAGGAGGGAGGUGAUCGACUUUAGUUUGCCUUUUAUGUCUUUAGGUAUCGGAAUAUUACAUACAACUGUUGAGACAGCAGAAGAGGCCAAUCUGUAUGGUUUCUUGGGACCAUUAUCCACAGUUGUAUGGUUGUACAUAGGACUUUUAUACUUAAUUUUGUCUUUUGUAUUAGUACUUAUAGCAAGGUGUUCUACUGAAGACUGGGAAAACCCGCAUCCAUGCGAACAAAACCCCUCUGAACUGGAAAAUAUUUGGGACUUAAAAAACUGUUGUUGGCUCACUUUGGGAUCCAUUACUACUCAAGGAUGUGAUUUAUUGCCCAAAGGGACCUGCACUAGGAUAGCCACUGCUAGCUGGUGGUUCUUUUCUCUUAUAAUCACCAGUUCUUAUACAGCAAAUUUAGCUGCUUUCCUAACUAUGUCAAAACAGGAAGCCACUAUUGAUUCAGUGGAGGAGUUGGCUGUACAGAACAAAAUAAAAUAUGGUCUUGUCCAGGGUGGUUCAACAGCAACGUUCUUCAAAAACUCCAACAACUCCCUCUACCAACGGAUGUGGAAUACCAUGGUGAACGAAAAACCUUCAGUUUUUGAAUCUGAUAACAUCAAGGGUGUCGAAAGGGUCGAGAGUACCAAAAAUGGCCUGUAUGCUUACUUUAUGGAGUCCACCGGUAUCGAGUAUGAAAUGGAGAGAAGGUGUAAGUUAAGAAGAAUCGGAAACUUGCUGGAUUCUAAGUCUUACGGAAUCGGAAUGCCUAUGGAUGCAGAGUACAGGCAUAAGAUUAAUAAUGCGAUCCUGAAGCUGGCCGAAGUGGGGAAAUUAACUGAAUUAAAGGAGAAAUGGUGGAAGCUUGAAAGGGAGGGAAAGCCAUGCCCUGUGCAAGAACCUGUUAAUACAGAUGCUCUUGCUCUAGUUAAUGUCGGAGGAGUAUUCAUAGUUCUUGGAGCGGGCAUCGCCUUAGCAUUUUUUAUAGCAAUAUUGGAAUUUUUAUGGAAUUGCUACAACAUUUCUGUGGAGGAGCACAUAACGUUCACUGAGGCCCUCAAAAUCGAACUGAAGUUUGCCUGUAACAUAUUUAUAACCCGCAAAAGAGCAAAACCGGUUAUUUCAGAAGCUUCAUCAGAGAAAUCUGAUAAGGAGGAUGACGCGAAGUCUCACAAGGGAAUUUUACCUGGACUAGGAUCGUUUUUGAAUGUAUCAAUGCUUCACGUGGAUGAGCAUUCAGCACGCAGUCCUACACCAAAAUCUGGAUCUAAGAGGCGUAGCAGCUAAUUAGAUAAUAAAGUAGCUUAUAGUUGCUUGAUCAACCCAACAGGUCCAUUCCAGAAGUAUACCUGAAUAUCCAUGCUUCCUGUACAAAAAUAUAUGUGGUGUGUUAUUUUA